AUGUGGUUCGAACGGACGACGCGCGCCUCCCGAAGAUGGUCUUCUUCUCUGACCUGGCCAACGGUGCGCGUAGCAUUAGACACCCACUGAAGAGGUUCAAACAUGGCCUGAAACAAAAAACUGAAUUGAAUCUCAUUCUUGGAUGAGAAACCCUCACCGCAAACCCCAGCGCCCGGAGAAUGGCCGUCCACAAGGGCGUUCAAGGCUUUUUAAAAAGCGGCUGUACAACCUCGACCAGGCCUUUCGGAAGGCCGGGUUCUAGUUGCGCGAAGGCUGCGUCUUAGCGAUUGAAUCGAUCUAAACGGUUUCUUCGAGUUGUUUAGGGUAGGCCAUUAUAACUGAUUUUUUUUGUAAAUUUACUAAGGAUGGGGAGUGGAAAGUAACGGACAAAGAACUACUCAGCAGCCAAGCGUCAACAGGAAAAGGUCAACCGAAGCCUUUCUCCGCCAUGCCGCCUGUAAUCGGAAAAACAGACGAGGAUCUCAGCAGUGACGAAAAAUACGAGGAGGAGAGCUUUCGAACCAAACAACUAUUUUUAUUUGCUUGGCAAAUAGCUAAAGGAAUGGUAAUUACUAUAUGAUUAUUUUCUGAGCGACGUUGCUUCGAUUCAGUUUCUGUCUUCAUCAUUCAAAGAUCGGUUUCAGACUAUUUCACAAGCAAGAAAGAAAGGACAUAUGGGUUAAUUUUCUAGAUGAAGAAUGAUUUGAUUUUUUUCAUUAGAAUGUCAAAUUAGUUUUAGUGGAGAAAUUGUCUUAGUCGAUCGAACCAAAUUUGGCAUGUUUCGUAUAAUCUUGAAUCAGUCGUUCAGAUCAGUUCAGUUCAGUAUUUGUCUUUUAAUUGUUUGCCCCUAAUUUUCUCACUUUCACCCAUGCCUUUUUAGGCAGUAAUAGCCCUGUAACUGAAGUAUUUUGGUACUCAUUUUCAUUUUUUCUCCUUCCUUCUUAAAAUUAGAAUCAUCUCGCCGAAACAAUCUUGUUCACAGAGACCUUGCUGCCCGUAAUGUUCUUGUUGGCCAUGAAAACCAAAUCAAAGUGUCAGACUUUGGGUUGAUGAGACAAAUCUAUGAAGAUGUCAGCAGCUCAGCAAAGUCCAAAAAACUUCCUGUGAAAUGGAUGGCCCCAGAAUCACUCUAUCAAGGCCUUUACACUACCAAAAGUGAUGUGUACGUACAAAAGAUUCCCACCCUUUUAAAUACAUUUCGAUACAUUGCUGCUCAGAAAACCUCAGCUACCUUAAAAAUCGUGAUCAGUGAGUUUAAUUCAAACCGAUCUAGAAUUCCAGUGGUUAAUAUAGUGGGUAAUUUCGUACUUGUCAGCGCAAUUUUGACUCAGGACUAUAUAUAGUUUUCAUAGUCAAUAGCGAGAGCGGCGUCUGUUGAUUUCUUAAAUCAGAGUGUAAGUAAAGAUCACUUAGAAGCUUUCCUUUACCGGGAAAAGUUUACGAAUAUGCGACAGACCCGUCACGUAAAUUGGUAUUGAUUUCCCUACUCUAUUAACCUUGCUAGGCCAUUUGCUAAGGGCUUUGAGCAUCUGAGGCCUGGUGUCAUAGGGUUCAGUCAAGCGCGAAGGCAUGGAAAGGUGGAGACACGCCCUUUUUCCCUUAAGUUCGUCAAGUAAAAAGAAGAGAAUAGAAAUUUAUAAUGUUUAUGCAGUGAGCAUAUUCAUGACCUUUGUGCUUUUUUCUAUAGUUGGUCUUUUAGUGUUGUUCUUUGGGAGAUGGCUACAUUGGGUGAGUAGACCGUCACACACUGAUCAUGUUACCUUCCAAGGGGAGUGAGAUCCCAAGAACUGUCCUCCCUGGUGCCACGGGGGAUCGAUAUGACUUGAAUAGUGCGACUAGCCUGACAUUAAAGGACGACACUGGGACUUUUAAAAGAGUGAGUCCUUAUUAAAUAAGGUUAUUGCCAUCAGGAACAGGCUGAUACCUGAUCAGUUGUAUUUGUGGCAAGCCAUGCCCGUAGUUUUUUUUUUGGUUUGAACUAGGCUUUAUGUCUGAAAUCAUAAAUAAGUGAUAAUCGGCAUCAAAUAUGUGCGCAUUAUAGAGAGCAUUAUUACUAAGCACCACGCUUUCUUUCUCUCUUUCUUUCUGUCUGUCUGUCUGUCUGUCUGUCUAUCUUUCUUUCUUUCUUUCUUUCUUGCUUUCUUUCUUACAUUUAAAUGCAACUCUGACCCCUAUUCAAUCACUAUUCUUUUGCAAAACUGCAUUAUUGAGUGCGGGGGGAUGAAGAGUCGUGGACGUUGACAUUUCCAGUAGAAAUCUAUCCAAGGGAAUGAGCCGUAUUUUCAAAUAAUAACGUGUAUUUUUUCUUUCUCAUAACGUGAUCAGGAGGCGUACCAUAA